UUUUAGUGGAAAAAAAAAACAAAAAAAAAUCCAAAAACUAACUUCCCAAACACUCCCUAUAAAAGCUAAAAAAUCAUGUUAAAAAGCCUUUCCCAAACAGGAUACUAGAAAAAGAAAUACGACUCAAUGCAAGAGACACCUGCUAAAACGGGUAGUUUAAGUUGUUUCCGUGACUCAAAAUCAUGUCACUAGAGACCCUAAUGAUGAAUCUUAGGGUUGGGACAAGUCAUCAUUACAAUAUUAGGAAAACAAAGGGAAUCAAAAAGCAUGGACGAUUCUUUCCACUAUUUGAGAGGCAGAACAUUUCAAAACUUUACCUUUCAUGACAAAGUAACGAUUUUUCUUUAUCAUUGCAACAAUAUUCGUCAUACUUUAUCUCACCUUUAUUCAACACUCUCUCUCUCUCUCUCUAAAUUGGUUCCUUUUCCAAUUCAAUGUGCUGCAUUGUCUUUCAAACUGUCAUUGUAUAACUCACAAUAAAAGUCCAGUUAAGUCACUUCCUAUACCCAGAAACACCAAUAGUUAUAAUGGCUGAAGGAGCUUCAAAGUACCUCUUCUUAUGUCUUCUGUCUGUUCUUACUAUAUGCUCUUCAGGAACUCUAGUGGGUUUCUCUUAUGAUGCAAGGAAACAAUCUUCGGUUGACACAAUAUCAUUCCUGAAGCUCAACAAGGUCUACCCAUCGCAGAUUAGGGUCUUUGUUGCAGAUCACCAGGUUUUACAUAGUCUAUCCAACACUAGUGUGUUUGUUGAUCUCUACUUAAACGAAACCCUUGUUGAAAAUCUGAUAAACUACAAACCUUCUACGGUAUCAUGGCUUAAAACCCAUCUGACAACCUUGAUUCCACAUGUAAACAUCAAAAGCAUAAUAGUAAAUGGAAGCAAACAUGACUUGCCUGGAAAAAAUGACAUUCCGAAGCUUCUCCCCACUUUGAAAUCAAUCCAUGCAGUCCUUGGGAGUCUUCAUCUCGAGGAUCAAAUGAAGGCAUCAGUAUCAUUUUCCCUGUCAUUCUUGGAGAACUUGAACAGACAACAAAAGGAGGACCUAGAUAGGGUGUUGGAGUUUAUCAAGAAAGUUAGGUCUUUCGUCAUUGUAGAAGCCACUGUUGAUGGUGAAUUGAGCAUGGGAGAAGGGACUGUCAAGUCCGUGAUCAAAAGAGCUACAUCGGCUUCUUCCGUAAUUCCUGGUAGAGAUGUUUCCAUGGUCUUGACAAUUAAGAGCUCUGCUGUUCCUAGUACCAUAGAAGUGUCUGAAUUCAGUGAUAAGGUCUUGAGAUCUAUAAAGAAUACCAGUCAAGUGACAGGGAAGAUAAUUGGGUUGUUUGCAGAAGUGUCUCCACCAAAAGAAUUUGAGCAAAAAGAGCUUAAAAGAGAACUCCUCGACACAGUCUACCCACCAACUCUCCCCACCGCACCAGUCACUGUCCCUCCAGAUAGUAAUCCCUCACCAGCAAUUGUCACCAUUCCAUCUACCUAUCCGGUAACAGUUACCCCCACCACACCUGUCCCUGUGCCCUCUACAAAUCCCGUGAAUUCACCAGUACCAGUAACCAAUCCUGUUACGACACCUAGCACAGUUGUUGGGGCGCAACCGACGACUAACCCUGUAACAACCAAUCCAGAUCCAUCAACCGGAGUUCCUGUCACAACACCGGUCACAAACCCCGUGGCACCUCCUGCAACAACAGGUGCACCGGCGGUUUCAGGGCAGAGCUGGUGCGUGGUGAAGAGUGGAGCGUUGGAGACUGCAAUUCAGGCAGCACUUGAUUAUGCAUGCGGGAUUGGAAGCGUAGAUUGUUCAGCAAUCCAGCAGGGUGCGAGCUGUUACAAUCCGAAUACUCUUGAAAACCAUGCUUCGUAUGCCUUCAACAGCUAUUAUCAAAAGAACCUGAUGCAAACUAGCUGUGACUUUGGAGGGGCUGCCAUGGUAACUAACACGAAUCCAAGUAAGAGUAGAAAUGCCAAUUGGUGUUACUCUUCAGUCUUC